ACCCUAAAAGGCUCCAUAUACAGAAUGAUUUGUCUUUACGAUCCGUCGUUACAGAAGUGAAGUGAAGUAAAGUGAAGUGAAUCUUCGUCGUAUCUUCGUCGUGAAGAUCGCCACAAUACACUAUCAAUCCAUCGUUUCAGAGCGAUCUUUCAUUUAUGGGGCCCUUUUAUUGGCUUAUAUGUCCUGUCAAUAAAAUCAUCUGUUUUUGACAGAUUGCAAAUAUUGCAACGCCGUAACGUUAUAAUGAUAAUCUAAACAGCAAAAUAAACAACAACAACCAGGCUAAACCAGCAUGCAAUAAAAUACGUACGUGGUAACCAAAAUAAUACUAACAAAUAUAAACGCUCUUAGCUCCUAUCGUUUUCUAUAAAUCUGUGCAAUUAGGGUACCACCUUCCUGAAAUAAAUAGGAAGUUGAUUUCAUCUGGAAAAUAAUGACAGAGCCAGAAGUAGUUGAAGAUUUCUUUGGCGUGUAUCUGUUGUACUGUUUGAAUCCGAAAUAUAAAGGACGAACGUAUAUAGGAUAUACACGGGAGCCGAACCGGCGAAUCAUGCAGCAUAAUCGUGGAACUUGGGCCGGUGGAGCUUAUCGCACUAGUAAUAAAGGGCCAUGGAAAAUGGUGCUUAUUGUCCACGGUUUCCCUAAUAAUAUCUCAGCACUAAGGUUUGAAUGGGCCUGGCAGAAUCCAACAAAAACAACAAGACUGCAACAUUUAUAUCUCAAAAAGAUACCUCGUCAAGAAUCUGAAUUCCAGUUUAAACUAAGGGUACUCAGUGAAAUGCUGAGAGUUGGACCAUGGUGUCGAUUGCCAUUACUAAUUAGAUGGCUUGAGAAAGAAUAUUUUGAAGAAUUUCCAGUGACGAGAAAACCACCGGAACACAUGAAAAUCUGCUACGGACCUGUCAAAAUUAAAAACUUAAAGAAAAUCGAUAAUGUUGGUUAUGAAGAUAAAUCUGAAGAAUGCAUCAUAUGUUGCCGCCUAAUAAAAAGCUAUCAAUCAAAAAUUAAAUGUUUAAAUCAAUUCUGUGUGUUAGUUUGUCAUAUUAGUUGCUUAGCUGAUCGGUUUUUGGAGCCAGGGGAGUACAUUCCUAUACAAGGUUCUUGCCCUUUAUGCGAUAUCAAGUUGAAAUGGGGUGACCUUAUCAGAAAGAUAAAGGGAUGCAGCCUGGAUUUAAAUGGUGAUUGUGGUGUGACAGAUGAGACUUUAUCUGGAAAUGAUGAGGUUAUCCCUAGUAAUGUAGCUGAUGAAAUUGACGAUGAACAACCCAGUUGGUUUUUGGACUGUAAAGAAGAUUUAUGACGCAAUAUUUGUGUAUUA